AUGUGCAACUAUAUCCACUGCAUAUACCAUAUGUGCAACCACGAGGGCUUCGCCGUCGCUACACACUGCGACUCCGCCCGCAACGACGACGACAAUGCCUGCUGGUCAGCCUGGCGCAUCGUCCAGGUCAUCGAGGAGCACGAUCAGCCCUGCUAUGCCUGCCAGGGCAAGUCCUGGCCAGCCGGCCUCCGGCCGGACCGCAGAGCGGGCCAAAGCCAGCGGAUCAGCAGCGCCGUCGAGGAGAUGUGGGCGCAAAGGGCACGCGCGCAUUUCGAGGCAAUGGCGAGAGCAUAUCAAAGGAUGCAAGCAGAUAUGAUGGCGCAGCAGGCGGCUGGAGGGGGAAGUCCGGCGGGUGGGCAGAGAGCGGAAGGCGCCCCUGGUGGGAAUCCGCUCCAGCAGUAUGCGAAAGACGGGCAGUAUGAGAUGGUGGCGGAGUGGGCUCCGAGGGAUGAGCAGCAGCAACCUGCCGAGGGGGCAAAUAUGAGGGGUGGUCGAAAGGGUCUGUCUUGGAGGGACAAGAGGCCGAUAUUGAUCGGGAUACAGCUCGCGAAGCAGCAGACUUCACGACCGAAGACGCGGUGGGAGGAGAAGUAUGGAUAG